UAGCUACGGCCCCGCGCCCCGGUAAGAUGGCCGAGUCCGGCAGCGGCGAGUUCCCGGCCGAGCGGCGGAACAGCAUGGCCACGAAGAGCAUUGCCCUGCGCCACACCUUCUCAGCCCCAGGGCACAGUGCCAGCCUCCUGCUGGGCCUGUCGGCACUCCGUGCCCACGAGCAGCUCCUGGACGUGGUGCUAAUGGUGAACGCGGUGAUGUUCCGGGUACACCGUGCGGUGCUGGCCGCCUGCAGUGAUUAUUUCCGAGCGAUGUUCACUGGGGGAAUGCGGGAAAGCGGACAGGAUGUCAUUGAGUUGAAAGGAGUGUCGGCCAGGGGUCUGAAGCACAUCAUUGACUUUGCCUACAGCGCCGAGGUGACGUUGGACCUCGACUGCAUACAAGACGUGCUGGGGGCUGCUGUCUUCCUGCAGAUUGUGCCCGUGGUCGAACUGUGUGAGCAGUUCCUAAAGACGGCGAUGAGUGUGGAGACCUGCCUCAACAUUGGCCAGAUGGCCACCACCUUCAGCCUCUCCUCCCUGAAGGAGUCCGUGGACGCCUUCACCUUUGCCCACUUCCUGCAAAUCUCGGAGGAAGAGGACUUCCUGCACCUCCCCCUCGAGCGACUGGCCUUCUUCCUGGAGAGCAACAAGCUGAAGAACUGCGGCGAGGUGGACCUGUUCCGAGCCGCCAUCAGGUGGCUGCAGUACGAGGAGGCGCGAAAGGCCAGCGCCGGCCUGGUCCUCCGCCACAUCCGCUUCCCUCUGAUGAAGUCCACCGAGUUGGUGGACAACGUCCAGACCCAGAGCUUGAUGUUGGACGACCCCAUGUGUCGCCAGUACCUGCUCGAAGCCUUUAAUUACCAGAUCCUGCCGUUCCGACAGCACGAGAUGCAGUCGGCCCGAACCACGAUCCGCUCCGACACCCUCUCCCUGGUGGCCUUCGGCGGCACCCCGUACACGGACAACGACAGGACCGUCAGCCGCAAGGUCUUCGUCCUCGCAGACGGCAACGCCCGGCAGUUCACGGAGCGGUCCGAGAUGGAGGUGGGGUGCAGUCACGCCUGCGUGGCCGUCCUGGACAACUUUGUGUACGUGGUGGGAGGUCAGCACCUGCAGUACCGCAGCGGCGAGGGGGCGGUCAGCUGGUGCUUCCGCUACGACCCCCACCUCAGUCACUGGCUGCGCAUUUGCGCCAUGCACGAGGCCCGCAUCCAGUUCCAGCUGGGCGUGCUGCAGGGGAUGCUGUUCGCCACCGGAGGCCGCAACCGCACCGGGAGCCUCGCCACGGUCGAGCGUUACUCCCCGCGGCGGAACGAGUGGACCGUCGUGUGUUGCUUGAAGCGGCGGACGUGGGGGCACGCGGGCACAGCCAGCGCGGGGAAGCUCUACAUCUCCGGGGGCUACGGUAUUACCAUCGAAGACAAGAAAUCUCUCCACUGCUACAGUCCCGAGACGGACAUCUGGGAACAAAAGACUCCAAUGAAUGAGCCACGGGUCCUCCACUCCAUGGUCGGGGCCAACGGCAGGAUCUACGCGCUAGGUGGCCGGAUGGACCACGUCGACCACUGCUUCGACGUCCUGGCCGUUGAAUAUUACAUCCCCGAGACCGACCAGUGGACUACAGUCAGUCCAAUGAGGACAGGCCAGUCGGAAGCUGGCUGCUGUGUGCUACACAGAAAGAUCUACGUGGUGGGAGGGUACAACUGGCACUUGAACAACGUGACCAGCGUGGUGCAGGUUUAUAACAUUGGCACCGAUGAGUGGGAGAGGGACCUGCAUUUCCCCGAAUCCUUUGCAGGCAUCGCCUGCUCUCCUAUCAUCCUUCCACAGCUUCCACCACAGAGGUAGUGAUGAGAAUGCUCCUGGAUUGACCCAGAAGGGGGAAUUGACCGGAAUGGGGACUGGGACGAGGGGGAGGGGGGGGGAGUGAGAGGUAGGAGCAUGGUGGAUCUGAUGACACCUCCACAACUAUUUGUCCACAAUUGCAAUCAGGUCAAAGUCUGUUUUACCCAGGAGCUGUCACCACCUGACAUCUUAAUCACUUUACAACCAGAACUAGAUUGACAGUGGUGAUGAAAAGAAAAUUGAUUGCUGUACGUACCGAGCCAGCCUUUCGUUGCAGUGCCCCAAUUUAGCUGCUUCUUGAAUCGAUUUAAACCCAAGAAGCCAAUAGAUCUGGAAGGAUUUGAUGGCAGCCCAUGGAUGGGUAGCAAAGCAGAUCGAAAAGCAAGUCGCUCGCACUUCAGUCCUUGUUGCCUUGUACAUCUCGCACUCCAGCUUAUGUUGAACCACAACACUUGCAUGCUGGCCUGCGUCACCCACCCACCCUCCCUCUGUUCACUCACCAGAUUGUUGUUUAAAAAUUACUGAAUGAUCAUUAAGUUUUGAUGCAACUCUCUUGAAUGCACUCUGCCACACCGAGGAGCAAAUUGGAAUCUGUCGUAGAUCUGGAACCUAGUCAAAAUUCAUGGAAUCCUGCUCCAUCUGAGACUGUUUUCCACAAAUUAAUCAAACUAUGUGAUUAUGACAUCUGGAAAUGAAGUGUGGAAUCAAUGUUUUAAAUGCAUUGAAUGUUAAACACUAAUAUAAUAUUUGAGAAUGA